UGAUUGAAAACAAAAACGUACGCUAGUAAACACCAAAAUUCAGGUGGUACAGUGUAGGAAGAACAGCAAUGGCUAAGUACAUUGCACAAAUCAUCGUUCUGGGUGCUCAGGCAGUUGGACGCGCCUUCACCAAAGCGCUAAGGCAAGAGAUAGCCGCAUCCCAGGAGGCCGCCCGUCGGGCAGGUGGCGGCAAACAGGGCGACAAGACCGCAGAGUCCAACCUACGCACAGGUAUGACCGUUGAGGAGGCCAAGCAAAUCCUGAACGUGGACGACCUCAAGAACGUGGACAGCAUUAUCAAGAAUUACGAGCAUCUGUUCAGUGUGAAUGAUCGCGGGAAAGGCGGUUCCUUCUAUCUACAGUCAAAGGUCUUCCGGGCCAAAGAGCGCCUAGACACCGAACUGAAAGCCCAGCGGCCGCCGCCACCGAAAGCGGAGUCAGAGGCGGAAGCGCCUCCAAGGAGGGGCCGGCAAGUACGCUGAAUCCUGUUGUACCUCCAAACAAAAAUAAUUAGCUACUAAUUGAUUUAUAAACUUAUGUGUUAAGUACGAAGACGACUUGUGUGUUGCUGUAAAUAGAUUUGUAUGAACAAAAUGA